AUGUCACUCGCUUUUCGAACCCUGGGUCGUGAUGGCCCCCAGGUCUCCGCCGUAGGGCUUGGGCUCGGUAGCAUCGGCGGAUUCUAUGGAUCAGCAGGUACGACCGAUGAGAGAGUCGCCCUUUUAGACCAUGCAAAUAUGGCAGGGCUGCGCUUCUGGGAUAUGGCGGAUGUUUAUCUGGACAGCGAAGACGUGGUGGGUGAAUGGAUCAAGCGAUCGGGAAACCGCGAUGACAUUUUUCUCGCUACUAAGUUCGGACUCUUGCGUCAAGCUGAUGGAACUCAUAAGUUCCGGUCGGACCCUGAGCAUGUGAAGGCUGCCUGUGAAAAGAGUCUCCAGAGACUUGGGGUUGAUACUAUUGACCUUUACUAUUGUCAUCGGGUGGAUGGCGUUACACCCAUUGAAAAGACGAUCGAGGCGAUGGUCGACCUGAAAAACCAAGGCAAAAUUCGCUAUCUCGGGUUAUCUGGCGUCUCGGCGUCCACGCUGCGUCGUGCACACGCCGUCCACCCAAUCACCGCGUUGCAGAUGGAAUACAGCCUCUUCACACUAGAUAUCGAAUCACAAGCCUCGGGAAUUUUAGAAACUUGCCGCGAGCUAGGCGUCGCGAUAGUGGCCUUUUGUCCCAUCGGCCGUGGCAUCCUGACUGGUCAAUUCCAGUCACACCAUGAUUUCCCCGAAAAUGACUUGCGUCGCGCGUUGCCGAAAUUUUCCGAGAAAAACUUCCCAGGGGUUCUGAACAUAGUUCGGAAGUUGAAAGAUGUCGCCGAAGUCCAUGGGUGUACCACUGCACAGGUCGCUCUUGCGUGGCUCCUGGCCCAAGGAACGGAUAUCAUCCCGAUUCCUGGCACGAAGACACCGGCGAGGAUGAAUGAGAAUGCGGCAUCUGGACAGAUUCAGCUUAGCGACGCUGAGCUGCAAGAGAUUCGGAGUAUAGUGGAGCAAACGGAGAUUGAAGGUUCUCAGUACUCUACAGCAACGAUGGCUGUUCUGCAGAACGAGACUCCUCCACUAUAG